CCAAACGGAGCAUUUACAUUAAAAUCACGACACAGCCCCAAAAAUCACGUUUGGUUCGCCCAAACACGUAUCUAUCCAAGCAUAUACUCAGUGCCUCACCUGUAUUUUUUCCUUCGGCAUCUUUUCACCGAUUUUCAAAGCCGCAUCAUCCACCACCAAAGUAAGCUAUUCCUUCUCUCCAUUCGUUAUCAGUUCCCUGAAAAUCCCCUCAUACCCAUAUUUCAAAAUCGCGUUUUUUUCACCCGCCACCUGUUUGCUUAUUUGUUUCUGAAUUUUCCUAGUUCAUUUCAAUGCCUUCGAUCCCAAAACGAAAAAUUAUCUUCAUGGGCAUGUUUAAUAGGUACAUAAACUCUCUCAAAAACCCUUCCUUUUCAGCACUCACCCAUCAUCAGAAUCACUAUCACUCUUAUCUAUUCAGAAACAAAGCUUUGCCACAAAUUGAAACCACCCUUCAAUCAUCAAUGUUUCAUGUAUUUAAAAACUCUACUAAUUGUCAAUUACCAUUAUCAGAUUCUCAUUGUGUUCAAUUGAUUCAAUCUUCAUUGCCAAAGAACUCCUUUGUUGCAUUUCAUUUAUCCAAUCGCCGUUAUUGUUCAGAAACGGUUACCAUGAACCAAGAUUCUGAUUGUGGUGUGAAUGAUGAUGUUGUGGAUGUUAAUAGUAUGGUGGAGAGUAGUGGUUUUGAGAGUGCUAUUGAUAAGGUGCAUACCACUGUAAUGGAUAAUUUACUUGGUUUUCGUAAUAUGGAGAAAGCUCUUGAAAAAUUAGGCAUCCCUUUGUCCACACCAUUGGUUACUGGUGUGUUGCAUAGGCUUCGAUAUGAUGAAAAGAUUGCGUUUCGGUUUUUCACAUGGGCUGGUCAUCAAGAUAAUUAUUCACAUGAGCCUUGUGCUUAUAAUGAUAUGAUGGAUAUUUUGUCUAGUACAAAGUAUAAAGUAAAACAGUUUCGUAUUGUUUGUGAUGUGUUGGAUUAUAUGAAGAGGAACAACAAGAGUACGGUUCCGGCGGAAGUUCUGAUGAAUAUUUUGAGGAAAUAUACUGAGAGGUAUUUGACUCAUGUGCAAAAGUUUGCAAAGAAGAAGAGGGUAAGAGUGAAGACGCAACCGGAAAUAAAUGCGUUCAACUUUCUGUUGGAUGCUUUGUGCAAGUGUUGCUUGGUUGAGGAAGCUGAAGGGUUCUAUAAGAGAAUGAGAAAAAUGAUCAAUCCAAACGGGGAUACAUAUAAUAUUUUGGUUUUCGGAUGGUGCAGGGUUAGAAACCCGACUAGAGGGAUGAAAGUGUUGGAAGAAAUGAUUGAAUUGGGUCACAAGCCUGACAAUUUCACCUACAAUACUGCCCUUGAUACUUACUGCAAAACUGGCAUGAUAUCAGACGCGGUAGAGCUUUUUGAGUUCAUGAGGACAAAAGGUUCAAUCAUAUCUUCUCCUACUGCCAAGAGUUAUUCAAUUCUAAUUGCGGCUCUUGUCCAAAACGAUAGAAUGGAGGAAUGUCUUAAAAUUAUGGGGCAUAUGAUUAGCAGUGGUUGUCUUCCUGAUGUCACGACAUACAAGGAUAUAAUCGAAGGUAUGUGUUUGUGUGGUAAAAUAGACGAAGCAUACAAGUUCUUGGAAGAGAUGGGAAACAAAGGUUACCGGCCUGAUAUUGUUACUUAUAAUUGUUUCCUCAAGGUUCUCUGCGACAAUAAGAAGUCUGAGGAAGCCCUUAAACUAUAUGGAAGAAUGAUUGAUCUGAAUUGUGUUCCUAGUGUCCAAACUUACAAUAUGCUGAUUUCGAUGUUUUUUAGGAUGGAUGAUCCUGACGGGGCAUUUGAGACUUGGCAUGAAAUGGAGAAGAGGGGUUGUAGGCCAGACACAGAUACAUACUGUGUCACGAUUGAGGGUUUAUUUAACUUCAAUAAAGCUGAAGAUGCUUGUAUUCUUUUGGAAGAAGUGAUAUACAAGGGAAUGAAACUUCCGUAUAGAAAGUUUGACUCCUUGUUGAUGCAACUUUCAAUGAUUGGUGAUCUCCAGGCUAUUCAUAAGCUCUCAGAUCAUAUGAGGAAAUUCUAUAAUAAUCCUAUGGCAAGACGUUAUGCUCUAAGCCAGAAGCGCAAGAGCAUGGGCUUGAGAGGGAAAUCGUAGUGAGAAAUUUCUUGGUUGAGAUUUUGCUAGCUUUUGUAAAAACAUGGAGGAGAUUCUGUUAGUAGGGUUUUUCUCAUGUUUUGUCGGGUUGGACAAGUAUUUUCUGGUGACAUGGCAGGUUUAGUAUUUACCUUUUUAGAUACUGCCUUCAAGCUUGUCUCUAACCUGCAUGUUGGGCUACAUCAUGAUGACUGCUAGUUGCAUCUGUGGACAUGCUCUCUACUGCCAAUACUUUUGCAUGAAAAAUUGGGUCUUCGGAUCUUAUAUAUUCUCGUGUUUAGUUCUGUAAGAGAAAUUUUGGAAGCUGUUAUGACAUUCUGAUUGAGAGAUGAUGAUUAGCUGAUGCAACCUAACGGUCGAAAGCUCCAUGUAUGUAUUAUGUUGUCUUGUGAGGGAGAAGAGGUUGUGAACUUGUGCAUGAUGGCAAAAUUUGUUAUCUGGUCAAGAAUCUGUUAGUUACUUCUGCCGAAAGAUAUUACAAUUUAAUGAGAUUUUAUCUGGCAUCUUAGGGGUCAUAGUAUGGUUUGACCCUAUGAAAUAGCUACCUGUACUACAAUUAUAGUUUAUAAUGAAUGGACCAUCACUUCAAUGAUGACCACAGUUUACUUUUUCCCUUCAUUAGUCACAUUCUAUUUCCCUAUUUGCAUUUCUCCUUUUCUUCUGAUGUUUCCUUCUGUUCUUAAGCUUGUUUGUUUUAUUGGAUCAUCCCGUAGAAGAGUGGAGUUUCUUACACAUGUCAGGAGUUUUUUUUUACACACGUCAAGAGUUUUUUUUUAAAAUAUCAGAUCAUUCUGUUUGAAUGUUUUUCAAUGUCUUAGAGACCUUAUGAAGCCAUACCAUUGAGAUGUUAUUAUCUGUUAUGGUAGGCUCAAUUGUAACUUGAAAGCUGGUGUUUAGCCUGGGGAUUUCUUUUUCCUUGGCCAAUAUAUCGAACGAUUUACAUAUGUGUCAGUAAUUCAAUGAUUUACAGGUAACAUAUACCUUCGGAAAUGUAAUAUAUUGCAUGAUAUAAAAACAUUUGAAAUUUGCUCAUCCUAUUUAAGAGCAAACAUGAAUUUCCCAGCUGAAUAAUUUGGCUUUAAGGGUCAGCCAUGUUUCUGCCGGUAAUCCUUGUUUUUUCUAGAAUGAAUUCAUGCAUAUAUGUAGAUGUUAUAUGGAGUAUCAUUGAUGCUCAUGCAAGUGUUUUUUUCUGUCUGAGGAUUUAUUUAGGUUUUGUUUGCGAGUAUGGAGGGGAAGGGAAAGGAGGGGAUAGUUUAGACAAAUAGGAAGGAUUGUGCGAAA